CGUGUGCCACGGGGCUAAAGUAUAACCUUGUAGAAGUUUGACGAUAAGUUGCUGCCUCAACCGGACGACUUACCCUUCAACAACUUAACCCCAAAUGAGGACAAUCAGUUGAGUUAACAGAGAGGAGGAGUUGCAUGUCCAAAAACAGCGUGUGGAGACUUGGCGUCGGACCAAACAAAGCUUGUUCCCGCCAGACAGGUGUCAUGGAAGUGCUGGAGGUAUGCUGCAUAUAACCUAUGGGGUUGAACUUUGAGCUCCAAGUGCACGGAAAUGUGUUUGCAGGUUGCAUGGUAAUCUGGACUUGAUGCAUGGCAGUUGCAUGACCGCAGUAGGUCUUGUUGUGGGACUGAGAGCACACAGCGGCAGCCAUGGCUCAAACCAUGCACGUGAAUGGCAAUGGCCCAGAAAGAGGACAAAGAUGCCCAAGCACAGAAGAUGAAAAGGACUCUGUGGUCCCCUACUAUGUUGAAACUCCCUAUGGUUAUCAGCUAGACCUGGACUUCCUCAAAUAUGUCGAUGACAUUGAGAGGGGCAACACCAUUAAGAAGCUGAGUAUCCAGAGGAAACCCAAAGUGGCCAAACCCUUGGCGGUGCCUCGGGGCAGCACUGGCGGGGGCAGCACUCAGGCUGAAUGGACCUCCACAGACUCCCUUUCCUCCUCCAACAGCGACGACAAGCAGUCCCCAGUCUUCUUCAACUCCAGGCCCCAGGUCGCUGUGCCGCUGACCCCCACCCUCUCCAGAUCAUCCUGUGAAGUCCCCCAGCAACAAUCCUACUUGAGCAUCACAGAGCAAAAACUGCUCCUGCCACCUCCUUCGCCCAGGUUUGCCCCUCGUCACAACCCCCAAGUGGAAAAGACCCUUAUGGAGACGCGUCUUCGGCUCGAACAGGAGCGUCUGCUCAUGCAGGCCCACAGCGACCCUCCAAUGCCCCGCCGCCGUCUUGCCAGCUUUGGCGGCAUGGGCUCCAGCAGCUCGCUGUCCUCUUACUCAAGCUCCAUGGCCCCAAGUCAGAUCUCUCCCAGCACCCAUCAUCCUCUCCCCAUCAAUGGUCACCUCCCCAAUGGAGAGUACAACCACUACUACCCACCAUCCAUGGGCAGCUCCAUUCGCCACAGCCCCAUGAGCUCUGGCAUGGCCACGCCUGUGACAAACGUCAGCCCCUUACACCUUCAACAAAUCCGGGAGCAGAUGGUUGUGGCCCUCAAGAAGCUGAAAGAGCUAGAGGAGCAGGUGAAAACUAUUCCCAUCUUACAGGUUAAGAUUGCUGUUCUUCAGGAAGAGAAAAGACAAUUGGCUGCUCAGUCCAAAAAUCAAGGUCCUGGUGGCUUCCGCAAGCGGUCCUACAGUGUAGGCAGUGCCGACCAAAUGGAGAACCCGGGCCCCAUCCAAAAGGAAACGGAGCUGCACAUCAUGGAGCCUGAAGCCCAGGAACAGAGCGCUCAGCGGCUGGAUGAGUUCAGACGUCUGGCUGCUGAGGUCCAAGCUCUGGAGAAGACAACACAGGACAAUAGUGUAACUGAAAUUCAGCCUCAUAAGCUCACACAAAACCAGGCCCACCAAAAGUCCAUUGGCAUAGUUACUGAUGAAAACAUGAACAGCCUUCCUGUCACUCAGAGGACAAAUGGACAUUGUUUCCGAGAUGCGGGAGUAUCGACGGAGCAGCAGGAAAUGCGCAGCGCUGCGGUUGGCGUGACCGAGGCCAUGCUGGGCAUGACCAGUGAAGCUGAGAGAGAGAUCGACCUCCAGCAGCAGACCAUAGAAGCACUGAAGGAGAAGAUCUACCGUCUGGAGGUGCAGCUGAAAGAAUCUACUCACCAAAUAGAGAUGGGAAAGCUAAAACUGGAACUCCAAGCGGCCGGUGGGUCUAACAAGAAGAAAGCAGACAAAGGUUUGAUGGCCAGGCCUGAGAUGUACAAUGCCUGUGUGGAGGCCAAAGUCCAGAUGCGCAGCCAGGGAGUGGGUGACCAUCUAGAAUCCAGCCAUGCUGACACAGCUAAAACUCUACAAAGCCACACUAUAGGAGUAUCCUGUCAUCCUAGCAUGCAGAAUGUUGCCACAGGUCCAGAGAUCCCGAUGGACCGGUGGGUGGUGCAUGAGCGUGUGGAGCUAACUGACCAGUGUGUAGGGAGACGGGUGGAGACGUGUCACCAGCAGGUGGGCAUGGAACUGAAUGUUUGUGAGGUGGGAGUUAACACAGAGGAAUCGGUAGACAGCUUGGCUCUCUGCAAACCCAUGACAGAGUUGAGCAAAGAGUCGAGAUCAGUUGGCUGCGGAGAUUGUUCAGUGGAUGUGAUCGUUGGUCCAAUCAAGACGCUGGUGUCGCAAGGAACUGACCCAGACUAUAACAGCAAAGUGGACUUUGGUGUCAUGGCUGCUCCUGAGUCGACAACUCAGCAUACCAAUACUGAGACAGAAGCUGCGAGCAAAUCCACCAACACAAAAGCGGCUGUCCUGACCGACUCUUUUACUGACAUGGGGUUGAUCACUUGUGACAAGCACACCAACACUGCUGCGAUUGAAACGAGGACGGUUGCUGCUGGGGACGGUCUUAUCAAAGAAGUUCACUCAACAGCAAAGAUGCGUUCGAUUGCUGUUGGAACCACUACUGACGCGGAGUCAUUCCUUGGCAAAUCAAGCUCUACUAAAACCAAAGAAUGUGGGGUGGGACCAGUUGGCAUCCAUGAGAACUUCUUGGUUGGAUUAAAAACCAGGAACAUAGCAUGCGGCCCCUCCCAGCCAACUGAAUCUGUCACAAGCAGCAGCAAAGAGACUGUGGAGGUUGAGACGGAGGCUGCACCACUGCAAGCUCAGACCCAGGGGGGCGCCGGACUGGACCAUUACAUCGAGAGGGUGCAGAAGCUUCUGCAGGAGCAACAAAUGCUGCUAGCGGAAAACUACAGCGAGCUUGCCGAUGCUUUCGGUCAGCCCCAGUCCCAGUUUGGAUCCAUCAACAGUCAGCUGGUCAGCACGCUCUCGUCCAUCAACACAGUCAUGAAGUACGGAAGUGCUGAAGACAUCCUCAAGCUGCAGUCUGACUCUGUGAACUCAAGCGAAGAUGGCAGUCAGCAGCUUCGGACAGAGCGGUUACACAUGGAGAAGAUUUCAUCUGGCCUGACUCCUGCAGAUAAACCUGCCAGCACACCUGCACAGCAGCAGGUCAGUGCAGCUGAGCAGAAGAGCCGCAUGGACCUGCAGAUGUCUACAGCGCUACAUGGGCAGCCGUGCAGCCAGAGCACCCUGAAAUCCAUCAUGAAGAAGAAAGAUGGCCGAGCAGACUCCAACGGCACCAAGAAGAACCUGCAGUUUGUCGGGGUGAACGGAGGCAGGUAUGAGACUACAUCAAGCGACGACUCCAGCUCAGAGGACAGCAGCUCCUCGGGGUCGGACGAAGAGGAUGAGGAGAAGGAGUUCGUAGGAAAGGAGGAAGAAUACAAGAACGUGGAGGGAAAGCACACCACGAAGGAGUUUCAGCCCGAAGGAGCCGAGGACGGAAAGAAGGAGGACAAAGAGGAAAGUUCAGAGAAGCAGGAGAUGAGAGAGAGGUAUGAGCUAAGUGAGAAGAUGCUGGCUGCGAGCAACGUUCUUAAAACUCACCUUAGUGACCCCAAAGCCGUGAGCAGUAAAGAUCUGAGAGCCUGCCUGAACACGGUGCAGCACGAGUGGUUCCGUGUGUCCAGCCAGAAGGCGGCGGUGGCCGGCAUGGUGGAGGACUACCUGGGGGCUUUUGGGGCCAUCUCGGCGGCCGUGCUACGCCACAUCGUCAACAUGGCCGACGGCAACGGCAACACAGCGCUGCACUACAGCGUGUCGCACUCCAACUUCCAGGUGGUGAAGAAGUUGCUGGAUGCAGAUGUGUGUAAUGUGAAUCAGCAGAACAAGGCGGGAUACACGCCCAUCAUGCUGGCCGCGUUGGCCGCAGUGGAGUCGCCCAAGGACAUGCGUAUUGUGGACGAGCUCUUCAGCAAGGGCGACGUCAACGCUCGAGCCAGCCAGGCUGGUCAGACGGGGCUGAUGCUGGCGGUCAGUCACGGCAGGAUGGACAUGGUCCGGGCGCUGCUGGCUCACGGGGCCGACGUCAACAUCCAGGACGACGAGGGCUCCACGGCGCUGAUGUGCGCCAGCGAGCACGGACACGUCGAGAUCGUCAAACUGCUGCUGGCUCAACCCGGCUGCGACGCCACGCUGAGCGACAGCGAUGAGAGUAAUGCUCUGUCCAUCGCUCUGGAAGCAGGACACAAGGACAUUGCAGUGUUGCUUUAUGCACAUGUCAACUUCUCCAAAGCCCAGUCACCUGGGACCCCUCGACUCGGCAGAAAGACGUCACCCAGUCCCACUCGGAGGGGCAUGUUUGAUUAGAGGGCCCCGCCUCUCCCCACAAACCCCGCGCUGCUAUCAGUUCAUGCUGAAUGAUGCCUUACCCACAACUAGAUGAGGGACUCGAUCCCAUGCACCAACCAACCAAUGAGAUUUCUGGAAAUAUUUUUAUUUAUGUGCACACUGACGAGCCCAAAGUGCCCUUUUGAAUAUGAAUGUAACCAGCUGGUGCCUCCAGUCCCCUCACAUUCUGGCUGAAAUAAUCAGCAAACCAACACGGACACAAAUUCAACUACUAAAUGCCAUUUAUUUGUCCUUUUUUUCUCUUUUUUUUUUUUUUUUUUGCAAUUUGACAACUUUUUAUUUUAUUUCUAAAGCUCAAUGUUGAUCAUUCAAGAGCACCAAAACAUUUGUGAUUCAUUUUUUAUUUUGUUGUUGUUGAGCGCAUCAGAGUAGACAGAUGGAGAAUAAUCAACCCACAUGUUAGAGGAAGUAUUUCCUGUAUAUAUUGCUCACCUCGACAUCCCGGCCUGUGCGCCCAGCUCUCUGCAGUACAUGUACAACUCAUGUGGAUGAAUGCAUCAAUGAGUAGACGCGACCUAGACUGGAGAAAAUUGUACUUUUAUACAAAUCAUUUGUAUCUAUUUAAGAAGAAUCACAGUAUUUUGAAUAUUUCCUAUUACUACUUAACAACCCAUGAAGUUAUAUAUUUAUCAAAGUAUAGUUUUUAAUGCAGAUAUAUGUAUUCCAUUGUACAUAUGGUGGUCAUUAGUUUAGUUAUUCUCCUUUUUGUGUCCCGUUAUUUUCUGUCUGUCUCAUGUGUAAUAUAAGCUGUCCUCCUCUAGUGUUCUUCUAGGUACUGACUUUCAUCCUCGAAUGAGAAUUGAAGUGCCUGGGAUGCCAUAUAACAAUAAAAAUCAAUUAAAGAAUAUA